CUCAAUCACAUGGUCUCAGAAACAUCUUAAUAAAAUCUGACCAGCAACGCAGACAACAGCUUUGCCUCAGAAUAAAACAGCUACCCAGGAUCUCCGCACUGCAAUAAAUUGUCCUGUCCAGCCGAGGAGUGAGGAACUCUGACACCCAGCAAAAAUGUCCGACAAAACCCCCUUCGAAACGGAUAUGCUAACGCUCACGCGAUUUGUCAUGGAGAAGGGACGCCGUGUUAAAGGAGCAACGGGGGAGCUGACACAGCUGCUCAACUCCAUGCUGACUGCCAUAAAGGCCAUUUCCUCUGCAGUCAGAAAGGCAGGCCUUGCCCACAUGUUUGGUAUAGCUGGCACUGUGAACGUGACCGGGGACGAAGUGAAGAAGCUGGACGUACUAUCCAACUCCCUGGUGAUUAAUAUGCUACAGUCCUCCUACAGCACCUGCCUCCUGGUCUCGGAGGAGAACAAAGAGGCCAUCGUCACCCCCAAGGACAAGCGGGGUAAAUAUGUGGUGUGCUUUGACCCCCUUGAUGGUUCUUCCAAUAUAGACUGCUUGGCACCAAUAGGAACAAUAUUUGCUAUCUACAAGAAGGAAACAGACGAUGAGCCCUCUGAAAAAGAUGCUUUGCAGCCUGGACGCCGUAUUGUUGCUGCAGGCUAUGCCUUGUAUGGGAGUGCUACACUGGUUGCCCUCUCCACAGGGCAAGGAGUGGACUGUUUCAUGCUCGAUCCGGGUCUUGGUGAAUUUAUUUUGGUUGACAAAGAUGUUAAAAUCAAGAAGAAAGGGAAGGUAUACAGUCUGAAUGAAGGUUAUGCGAAGUAUUUUGAUCCUGCAAUGACAGAAUAUUUACAAAAGAAGAAAUUCCCUGAGGAUGGCAGUUCCCCGUAUGGUGCCAGGUAUGUGGGCUCCAUGGUAGCUGAUGUUCACCGUACAUUGAUGUAUGGUGGGAUUUUCAUGUAUCCUGCUAAUCAGAAGAGUCCUAAAGGAAAGCUCCGACUUCUCUAUGAGUGCAAUCCUAUGGCUUUCAUCAUUGAGCAGGCAGGUGGGAUGGCAACUACAGGGACUGAGGCGGUGUUGGAUGUGAAACCUGAGAGUCUUCACCAGAGAGUCCCUCUCAUCCUUGGUUCUCCAGAUGAUGUGCAAGAAUACCUCACUUGUGUACAGAAACAUCAGAAGAGCAGUUAAAGGCUUUUUGGCAUCAGAACUUGCUCAUUCAUCUUCAGUCUGCAGGAAAAGCUGUACCUUUCAAGAUGGUGGAUUCUAGCAAGUAGCACCCAUCUCCAAGUGAAAAUCCCACUUUAUGAGAACAAGAAAAA